AUUGCCUUCAAGCUGGGGCAAACCUCUCUCUGUUGGGACAGGACCAUUUGGCAGCGCCGCGCGUGAGUGUGCGACCUCCAUUGAGGGCCUUUGGUUUUGCCUGCACGCCGCAGUCGCUUCAAUAGCAGAGGGCAAGAGCUGUCAAGUAGCUAUUUCUGAAAGGCACAGCCUUCGGCUCAACGCCAGUGCAAGCUACCGCCCGCCUUACGCUUGCCGGAAGCAACGGAAACCCUGCAUCAAGCCAGGGCGCUAACCGGGGAGGAACUUAUUUAAGUUACUACGUCGAAAGUGUUGGGUAUACUCAUUAAAUACGGCGACGCAGUCUACUCGUUGGCCGAGCAACAGCUAAUAAAAGAAAGCAUAAGCCACUAAUGAAGCGAGAAAUCGCCUCCGGCUUCUGCCGGGGCUCCACCCUAGUGCUCCUGCUGCUUCUGCCAGUGAUUGGCGCUCUUCAAUAUCCUCACCCGCCGCCUCUGUCACCUCCUCCCUCGCCAACAACCUUUUGCAACUACAGCGCCCUGUACCUUCCCGACCUCGUCACGCCUCGCGCUUACCAGCUUUUCCUUGACAUGCACUUCAACCCUCAUCCCGCCAGCAACGGCAGCAACAAGGUUGACGAGUAUGUCAAAGGCUAUGUGAACAUUACCAUCAGCGUUGCCAUGCCGACCCAAUGCCUGGUCAUCAAUUCAUCACCGGGCAUGCAAAUCAGCUCUGUGACAUACUUUUGGAAGGGCAAGCAGUACAAAGGCACGGCACAGGAGACCGACCCCGCGACGCUUCAAACAGUCCUGCACUUUGAUGAGGUCCUACACAGUACGACAACUGGAAGUAUAACGGCAACUGGAAAGGCAGGCUCGGCCACCUCUCCCUACGGCCUUCUCAAUUUGGAGUUUGCCUACCGAUUAAUUGAGGACUAUGAAGGACUGUUCAAGACCUCAUACAAAGACGAUGUCGGGAUGCACACGAUUGUGACAAGCCAGUUCCAGCCUGCUGCGGCCCGGAAGGCCUUCCCCUGCUUUGACGAACCCAGGUUCAAGGCUCCCUUCCGUAUCUCCAUCGUAACGCCAACGUACGACUCUGGUAUUCCUAUGGCCACCAUUUCGAACACAAAGGUGGCCAACCGCACCUAUAAGGGCGCCGGCUCGCGUGUGCGCACCGAUUUCCAGCCCACUCCGCCGCUGAGUGCCUACUCGGUGGUUAUCGUCGUGGGACGAUUUGACAAGGUCGAAAGGACGUGUGACUCGCCGCAGCUGGAAAAACCGAUUGUGGUUCGCGGCUGGGCACGAAAGGAAAAGGUCGGACUGUUCAGCGUUCCCCUCCAAGUGGCCUGCUCUUCGCUAGCCACGCUUACGUCGAUCUUCAACGUCAGCUACCCCUUGCCAGAACUUAACAUGGUUGCCUUGCCUUCCUUGGGGUUCGGCGUCGCGGAGGGGUUUGGAGCUAUUCUGUACACUGAGGCCUGGAUUCUAGUGGACCCCUCGACCGCUGACCUAGGCACCGCCGUGACACCCAUCCUCUCGACCGCGAACCCCAUCGCAUUGCAAUGGAUUGGCAGCAUGGUUACGAUGUCGGAUUGGCGUGACAUGUGGCUCAAAGAGGCCUUUGCGACGUACCUGGGGAAAGUCGCAGUGGACGCCGCGUUGCCGGCUCUUGCCGUCAUGCAGACUCCCUAUAUGGACGUACUCAACAGGGCGUUUUGGGGAGACUCGAGUCGGUACUCGCGACCUCUCAGCGGAAGCGAGGAGGAAAAGGCGCAGUACACGUCUCUGCUGGAUACAUUUAACUUCUAUGACGACGUUACGUAUUUCAAGAGUACCGCUGUGAUCCGCAUGCUCCGCGCCUACCUUAAUGGCAGAGGAGAGCAGCAGGGGGCUGCAUCAGUCCUCGGCAACGGCAAACCCCAGGUCAUGCGGCGCAGGAGUGUGCAGCAACAGCAGCAGCAGCAGCAAGAGUCUGAAGUGCCGGCUCAGUUGCAGCAAGAGCCAGACCUAGCUGAGGAGGAGGUGGUGCCUGAGAUGCCCGAGCGGCAGCAACCGCAAGGCCAGCCGGUGAUUUCCCGCGUCAAGCCGGCCUCGUUCCAGUAUGGACCCAUGGGUCGGUUGCGCAUGCAGCAGGCGUGGCAACAGCUGGGCCUUCGGCAACGUCUGCAACGGCGGAUGAUGUCUGCCGGGGGAGAAGUAGAUGUCACGGCUGGGGCUAAGGUCUUGUUAGCCCAAAGGAGCCGGAGUCUUCAGGAGUUGAGACGUAUGGCAAGGAAGCUGGCUGGAAGCAGCAGGGCCACCACUGCCACCGCCACCACCGCCACUGCCACCACCACCGCCGCUACGACGAACAAUGGCGACAAGUAUGGAUCGGAUCCCUUCUUUGCAGCCCUUCGGGUGUUUGUCAAGGAAAACUUGUACCGCAGCGUAACGCCCCAAACGUUGUGGGACACCAUGUCGCGUGCUACAGGUCUCGACAUUUCGGCUUGGAUGUACGAUUGGACGUACUCUGCCAACUUCCCCGUUGUUGAAGUUUCCCUUUCAAAGAAUGCGACUGGAACCAUUGUACAUGCCGAUGGAUCAUCUGCUAUAGCGUCUGGUGUGGCUAGCACCUAUGUGAACCUCAACCAAUGGGACAUCACUAGCGGCGAGAAGAACUGGUGGAUUCCAAUCAGCUACCGACUGCCGGACACAUCCAACAUGAAAUGGCUUCAAAUGGACCAUGAGGCCUCCGUGUCGCUUCCUCUCUCCAAUGCCGUACCUCCGUACGUCCUAGUCAACCCGGGCCGGUACGGAUACUACCGAGUGAAUUACGAUUCGGCGCUCUGGGAGGCCUUGAUUAACGCGGCUAAGAACACUUCGUCCGUCCCGUCCGGUGAUCUUGCAGCCAUGAUCGCGGAUUCGUACCAGCUGGUCGGAUAUGGGGUGACGCCGCCCGAGGUGUUUUUGCGCCUGGCUGCAAGCCUGGGUGUUCGUCAAGAGCCCGAGUUCGACGCACAGACGUACACAACAGGGGCUAUCCUCAACUAUUUGUAUUCUUUCGAUCGGCUGACGCUCUUAUCGGAGUACGACAGUCAGUUGGGGGUUGGAGCAAGCUUCUUCAGCACGUGCGUCCGCAACCUGGCAAUAUUUACUCGGGAUAAGAUUGCAAUCCCCUUGCUCGUCAACAUGAGCCUUCCAGCUGCGGACGGCAAGGGCCGAGUUCGUGUUGGGGUGAACUUUUCGUCUGUGGACACAUACACAGCAGACGCUGCACGCACCCAGCGGCGCAUGAUUGCUCCCACUGUGCUGGAGCUUGCUGCUAUGUCAAUGGUUGCUGCCGUCAAGGAUACACCCGCGCAGCUGCAGAGGCUGCAAAAGCAAGAGCCAUUCAAGGAGGCUUACACCUUGCGACGGCGUCUCGGUGAGAAGACCAACCAUGUUCAUGCGGACAUGUCCCUCGCUCUCUAUUGGACCAACAUUAUAGGCAACCGCGGAAGCAUUUGGGAGGUUACGAAGAAGCAAUACCUUGCGGAGAAGGAUCCCGCUGAGAGGUUUUACCUGCUAACAGCGCUCGCACAUUCCCGCACUGUGGAAACCGUUCGUAACGUCCUCAACCUCACUCUCAGCAUGCCUCCUGGGGAUGUAGAGACCCUGUUUAACACGAUGGGAGAGUUCGGCGGCAUGCAAGUGGCCGAGAUCUGGAACUUCGUACGGCAACCGGAGAACAUGGAUCGCCUUCUUGCCCUGUACGGAGCUGACAGUGCAGAUGCGAGUGCAGCGAGAAGUUUGGGUCAGGUACUGCAGACGCAGUUUGCAUACCUCCCAGAUGACAGCAUUAUUCCCGAAAUUGCGGCGUGGGCUGCAAACUACCCGGGCCUUAUGGAUCCCGAGAUCGCGUCGUGGCUUCAGCAGCAGGUGGAAUAUAACCGCGAUUGGGCCAAGACAUACGCCAUCCCUGUCUGCAACUGGCUCGACGCGAAAGCAUAACUUAUCUUACUUACCACUGCUUCGGUAUCAACAUCAGCAUUCUUGCUGCCGUCAUCAGCAGCAGGCGCAAUGUAUGUCGCUGUCAGGGCCAAUUGUGGUCGCUAACCUAACAGUGCGGCCUUUUGGAGCCAUACUGAUGGCGAACGGCGUAUUUAUGAAGUAGCAGGGGUUUGCUCUCACGCUCCAUAGAAGCACAGUAGUAAUCUGUUGGGAGUUGGUGUGGUUGUGAAUUCAGUUAAUUCCCAUCAUCCUCAGGCGACAGUUGCAGCACGCAACGAUGUGAGUUUUACAUCAGCUUCGGGAAGAGCAGCAGCAGCGGGAAGAGGGGAGCAGCGCCGGUGACGAAGCCUCGGUGUAUAGUCGCCUACUCGCCUGCAAGCUGCAUUUCUCUUUCUCGUUGUUUGUGACGUGUGUUUCAGUAGGAGGGUCGUAUCGCCUUUAUUAUGGCCUCAUGGCAAAGUUUAUUAACGCUGUCUUGCCCUCGCCGUAGGUGAUUCUUGUUGAAUGUAUGUCAUUUGUGGUUGCGUGCGCAUCUUAUGAGUAGUUAAUGUAGUAACGGAACUUGUAGGGCUAAAGUACCGCUAUCCAUGUCACUAUUCGCCUUGCGUUAGGGCGUCUUUCCUGUGUCCAUGCUGCCGUUCGAGGCUGAACUUUCAUUACCGUAUGCCAACCACAGGGUAGGUCUCCGUAGCUCUUGGCGUCCCCUUAUCCUAUUUGUUUACUCGUUACAACGUAUACUAGGUGUUAGAAAUCGCUGGCACUCUUUAAACAGCCUGGUCUAUAGCCCGGCUGCAAU